AAAACACCGCAAAAAAUGGAACAAAACCUCUCCGCCCAAACCCUCCCCAACUCACUCCCCAACCACCGGAACGUCGCCUCAGACGACGACGACGACGCACCGACCCUAAGCCUUCAAGCCCUAGAAGCUUUGAAGGAGUUCCUAGCCGAGCAAACCCAGUCAUCACCCGACACCGCCGCCGAGAGCCGAGCAGCCGAUUCGACUGGUCCUGCUCUGAUCUCCGAAGACUGGAGACUGAGUCAGUUCUGGUAUGACCCCCGCACCGCCCAAACCCUAGCCCAAGAGGUCCUCACUCUCUGCAACUCCGCCACCGCCUCCGCUCGGGUCGCCUGCGUGGCUUGCCCCUCACUCUACGCGUAUCUCAAGAAUGCUGAUUCCGAUGUGUCUGUACAACUGCUCGAGUAUGACAAGCGGUUUGAGCAGUACGGCAGUGAUUUCUCGUUCUACGAUUACAACCGGCCUGAAGAUUUGCCAUUGGAGCUGAAGAAUGCUUUUGACAUUGUGGUUGCUGAUCCUCCUUACCUGAGUCAGGAGUGCUUGGAGAAAGUCGCUCAAACAAUUUCAUUUCUUGCACGAUCAGAAAAAUCUUACUUGCUUCUCCUCACAGGAGCUGUGCAGAAAGAGAGAGCAGCUGAACUCAUGGGAUUGCAUCCAUGUGGUUUUAGGCCUCAACACUCUAGCAAACUAGGAAACGAGUUUCGUCUGUUCACAAACUAUGAUCCUGAGACGAGAUUAGAAGGGUGGGAGUUAGAGAAGUAGGAACUCUGUAUUCUCUUGUGACCAUAAACUGAUUCACAACUCGGCAUCAAACUUUAUUGCCUGCAAGGCAUAGACGGAUACUAGAAAGAUGUUGGCGGAAGCUCUGAUAUUGCAUCAAGACAAGCUAAAGCAGAGCAGUAUAUUUUUUGCUACUCUUCCAGGCUGUGUUUUUAUCUCUUCUUGUUUUCUUCAACGCCCCCACAACUUUUAAGCCGAACUUUUAUUUGCCAGUUUUGAUUGCAUUGUGCACAUUUCUUGAUGAUUUCAUGCGUCUUGUAUCUUUUGAGGAUAAAAUUCCACGUUGUUAGAAGUGCU